AUGGUGGGGCGAGGGCGGCCGGCUGCUCGGCGGGGGGGGGCAAUCACGUCAUCUUCCUACCUAAACCCACCUUUGGGUGCUGGCCUGUACAGUAAUCCAUCCUCCAUCCUCAUCAGUAAGCAGAAACGGCAAGCACAGUACGUUCAAGACUCCUCAAAAGCUCCCCCACCUAGUCGUCUGUCAUUGCAGGCAUACAAAUUCCUCAACCCUCAGCGCUCCUCUUCCAUCAACCCCACCUCGACCUCGAAUCUUUACCCGCCACUCUUCCCCCAAAAGUUCUUCUCCUCCACACCCAAAAUGGCCGACGAAAAGAAGGGCGUCCACAAUCUCCAGAGCAAGACGGCAUUCGACGAGGCACUGAACGUCAAGGACAGCCUCAUGGUGCUCGACUGCUUCGCCACAUGGUGCGGUCCCUGCAAAGUGAUUGCUCCCCAAGUAGUCAAACUAUCGGACAAGUAUCCCAACGCCCGCUUCUUCAAGCUUGACGUCGACGAGGUUCCCGAUGUUGCCCAAGAACUCGGAAUCCGCGCCAUGCCCACCUUCCUCCUGUUCAAAGGCGGCGACAAGAUUGCCGAGGUCGUUGGCGCCAAUCCCAAGGCUCUCGAGGCCGCCAUUCAGUCCAACUAUGAGUAG